UGACAUACAAUUUUUGAUAAACAAAUUCACGAGAAGUCAGAAAUCAGGUAAAAGUGCUGUAUUGAGUGUUACUCUAGACUGAAAGUCGAAAAUGAGCAAAAAAAAAGAAAAAUGAAGACGUUUGUUAUAAUGGGUAAAUACAAGCGAAAGAGCGAUAGAUCAUUAACAUUUACUCAAGAAAUCAUCGACCAAGCAAGGGACCGCAUCGCAAAAGGGGAAAGUAAAAGAUCGGUCGCAAAGUCCUUUCAUGUGAAUGAGUGUACAUUAAGAAAAAGAUUGCGAGAGGGUACUAUUCCAUCUAGUCUGGGUAGAUUUAAGCCUGUAUUUUCACAAGCACAGGAAAAGGAAUUGGCUGACCAUAUCAAAGAUCUAGAUAACAGAUUUUAUGGACUGCGUAUGAAAGAUGUUAGGUACUUGGCCUUUCAGUAUGCAGAAUUAAAUAAAAUUCCGCAUAGGUUUAAUACAGAAAACAAGAUGGCGGGGAAACACUGGGUACAAGAUUUUGCAGCAAGAAAUACUUUGUCUCUCAGAGCUCCAGAAAAAUGCAGCUUAGGUCGCGCUAUCGGCUUUAAUAAAGUUCAGUGUCAACGCUUUUUCGAAAAUUUAAAAAUAGUUUACGAAAAAUUAAAACUACCACCACACAGGAUCUUUAAUAUGGACGAGACGGGAUUAUCUACCGUACCAAACAAGCUCCCAAAAGUUUAUGCUUGUAAAGGGAAGAAAACUGUGUCAAAAGUUGUAUCAGGUGAACGAGGUCAGCUAGUUACGGCUGUAUGCUGCAUGAGCGCUGGUGGUACUUGGGUUCCGCCAGGUCUUAUUUUCGCAAGAAAAAGAAUGAAGGAGGAACUUUUUUUUGGAGCACCUCCUGGGACAUUAAAAAUGAUCUCAGAUUCAGAUUUUGCUCCAUCUGAGGUCACAAACAGACCACAUCUAGACCUGGCCCAAGAAACUCAAUCUGAAAUACAAAGAAUCGAAUCAUCUGUUGAAGAGAGUUCAUUUGAUGACGAUUGCACUCUUGCAGAAGUAAGAAAUACCAUAAUAAAAGAAAACUUAAAAUUAACCGAAGAAAAGCAAUCUACGAUUCCCGAACCACAAAGUUCAGACGUUACUGAAAGUACAGCUUACUUUAAAGCAGCUCCUAAGGAACUAAGUGAACCAGGUACAAGUGGCUAUAUCCCGCCUAAAAACGAUAAGGAAAAAUUAUUUGAAAAUGAGCAAACUAGAACACCAAGUCCAAAAAGUACAGGCUUUACCAAAAUUUCAACUUAUGUUGAGGCUACGUCUGCGGCACCGAUUGAUCUAGGUUUAAGUGUUUGUAUUACUCCUAAAAUGAUUUUACCGUUACCAAAAGCUACCCAUGAACAAGUAAGAAGAACUAAAUCUAAAAAGUCGGAAAUCCUGUCAUCUACCCCAUACAAAGACAAAUUGUUGGAAGAAAAAGAUAGGCGUAAAGAAGGCCUAAAGAAAAAGGGAGGAAAAAGAAAAGUUUUUGGUGAUUCUGGGCAAAAUACAGAAAUCCAGAAGAAGAAAAAAGUUGACAAUGAAAAAGACAAUACGAUUUGUCCCGGAUGUUCCGAGCAUUAUUCUACAUCCGAUUGGAUUAAGUGUCACUUGUGUCAAACAUGGUGGCAUGAUGACUGCUCUAAUUAUCUAGGAAAUGGCCUAUUUUCUUGUGACUUAUGCCUACAUUUAAAAGAAUAA